AUGCCACCAUCGCCACCAGUAAAGAUUCCAGGCAAGUUUGGGUUGGGCACAUUGUCUAUGACAAUGAGACCUAACCCGCCACCACUUAAACAGUCAAUUGAAACGCUUAAAUAUGCUACAACGCACCCGGAUUUUGGAGUCAAGUUUAUUAAUGGAGGAGAUUUUUACGGUCCUGAUAAUUUAAACUUGAAACUUUUAAAAGAUUUUACUGAUAAAAACAAGGAGGAGUUCAAUAAAAGCUUGGUGUUCUCCAUUAAAGGUGGAAUGGACGGAAAGACACACAAGCCUGAUGGAAGCAAGGAAGGUAUUGCUCGAUCCAUUGAAAACGUUACAAAAUUUUUCCCACCAAAAGAGAAUAGACCUCAAAUCUUAUUCGAGAUUGCCCGAGUUGACCCCAAGGUGCCAUUCAAUGAGUCACUAAACCAUAUCAAACUGUAUUUAAAGGAUGGAUCCAUUGAUGGGAUAUCUUUAUCGGAGGUUGGUAGUGAAACUAUCCGUCAAUCAGCUGAGGCUGCGCCUAUUUCCUGUGUCGAACUAGAAUUGUCAAUACUCUCGCAGGAUGCAUUGCAAAAUGAUGUCAUCAAGACUUUAUCAGAGUUGGAAAUACCUGUUAUUGCGUAUGCACCACUUGGUCAUGGUUUGUUAACAGACCAGACUGUUAACCACCCUGAGCAAGUGUUGAACAGCAUUGAAAAGGGCGAUAUACGGAGACUAUUUGAUAGAUUCAAACCAGAUACGUUUAAGCAAAACUUGACCACAUUGAAAGCACUUUAUGACUUUGCACACAAUGAGAAAAAGACUUCGUUGGAAGGCUUGGCAUUGUCGUGGAUAGUAAAAAUUUCCAAUUUGCUGAAUUUCAGAGGUAUUGAUAAGGUAACUAAAAUCUUACCCAUUCCGUCGGGAUCCACAAAGCAAAAGAUUGAUGCUAAUCUUGGAAGCAUAGUUGAGUUGAGUCAAGAUGAUUUGAAAAAGAUUGAGGAGAUUUUGGAAAAGCACCCAAUAAAAGGAUUGAGAUAUAAUGCUUUAAUGGAAAAAACGUUGUUUCAAUGA